AGAACUUUGAGAAGCAGGAUUAGGAAGAACGGAGAAGCUGAUGUGAUCGGGUGUCACUGCUGGAAAGCGUUUGAGUCAAGAGCAGCAGAAAAUCAUCUUCUGGAAUGGAGGUAGAGGCAGAUUCUGCUGCAGAGAUGAAUGGACAAGAUGAAGCUGACACUGAUGGGGAGGACAGUGCUAGUCAGUCCGAUUCAGAGGAGGAGAGUUCUGAUAUGGAUGACCUUGAUUGUGAACGUCGAAGAAAUGAAUGUUUAGAUGAGAUGUGUCAUCUGGAAAAACAAUUUUCAGAACUUAAAGAGAAAUUGUUUAAGGAACGCUUAAAUCAAUUAAAGGCCAAAUUGGAGGAGGUAAAUUCAGGCAGAGCCAUGGAGUAUAUCAACCCUUUAGCAGAACUGCAGAAGAACAUGAAAAUUAGGAUAGAAGUUGCAGGUAUUUACAAGGGCUUCUGCCUGGAUGUCAUAAAACAUCGCUAUGAAUGUGAGGUGCAGGGAGCUAAGCAGCACUUAGAGAGUGAGAAGGUUCUCCUGUUUGAUAACAUGAAAUGUGAGCUUCUGGAGCGCAUCCAAAGACUAGAGGAAGACCGACAGAGUAUUGACAUCUCAUCAGAAUGGUGGGAUGAAGAACUGAGAUCGAAAAGAAACCGCAAAAAGUGGGAUCCCUUCCGGUCAGAAAAAAAGAGGAGAGUUCCCUUAGUGUCUGGUCCAUAUAUUGUUUAUAUGCUACGGGAUUUGGAUAUCCUAGAAGACUGGACUGCUAUCAAAAAGGCCAAAGCAGCAGUUUCUCCACAGAAGAGGAAAUCAGACAAUGUAAAGGUGGAUAAGCAGCAUUUCAGUGCUCGCUGUGAAGAUGGCUGUCUGUAUUAUGAGGGAGAGAGCUUCACCAAAGGAGAGGCUAUUAUCUUAGAUAUGAAGGAUGAACCUCCAUCACAGGCAGUUAUCACUGCAGUCAGCACAGGAGAAGUAUGGCUCAGAAGAGGAGACAGCAGCAAGACAAAGAUCUACGUGUCACAGCUACAGAAAGGCAAAUAUUCAGUCAGAAGAGCAGGAAAAUAAAAUUUGGUUCUCCAUCAUUUUAGAUUUUCUAAAUUCCCGGUUUCCUGCUUUUAUUUGGCAAUCGAUGGAUUUGAUAUGGAUUAGUUAAAUGAUAAAUAUAGCUAAAAUACAUAGUGCCCCAUGUAAUAAUAUUCUUAUUUUAAUGGACGGUAGUGGGGUAUAUGGCCUUUUAUAUUGCCAUUGUUCUUGUAAUGUUACAAACAUUUGUAACUCACUGGCUGAGUAGGGAGCUUGUCUGUAUUGCUAGGGCAGUCGGGCGGUAGUUCUAUUGUACUCUUAUUAGGUUUUUCAGAGGUUUGUAUUCUUCUUUUGUAGGAAUUCCAGAAACAACAACUUCUCCUCUUUUCCAAGCUCUCAUACAUUAUAAACAUAACCCUUUAUUUAUUAACAAGUGCAAAUACAUCUGGGAUCAAAAGUUAUAUUUAAAAAUAAUAAAAUGGUGCUUCUUUCUGUUGGAAAUCGAAUUUAUUUGGCCAUGCACAUUUAAUUAAUGAUCAAUAAUGACAAUGAAUCAGAUAUGUUUAACAUAGUUAAUUAUAAUAUGCUUUAUUUUAACUGUGUCUUAGUAAUGUAAUGAUAGCCUGAAAACCCGUUAUUCAGAAAGUUCCAAAUUACAGAAAAAGGCCAUCUUCCAUAGACUCCAUUUUAUCCAAAUAAUCCAAAUUUUUAAAAAUGAAUUCCUUUUUUCUCUGUAAUAGUAAAACAAUACUUUGUACUUGAUCCAAACGAAGAUAUAAUUAAUCCUUAUUGGAAGCAAAAUCGGCUUAUUGCAUUUAUUUAAUGUUUUACAUGAUGUUCUAGUAGAUUCGAGGUACGAAGUUCCCAGGUAUCCGGAAAACCCCCAGGUUCCGAGCAUUCUGGAUAACGUCCCUACCUGUAUAUUCACUACUAGAUUCUGUGCUAGUCAUUAUGCUCGGAUAAAAGUUGCCACACAUUUCUUCAAACCAAGCAAAAAUGGUAAUUUGGGUACCAUCUUUUAUGCAGAAGUAAGAAAUGUGCUACAGCUGGAUGGUCUUUCCAGCCUGAAAAAAAAAAAACAGUGCAGCACUCCAAAUACAGACUCACUAUUAGGAAAAAAUGCAAACUCAUACCACUGCACAUUGUGGCAUGUGCAUAACAUUUACACUGUGAUAGGCUGUGAUGUCUUUACUUACAGGAGGGCAACAGUUGCAGUAUGAAGAGAGUAUUGGGCUCAUCCAGUGACGCUUAAAAUACUGUGCUUCUCUGCUAGUUGUACCUGUUGGUAAAGCAGCUACAUUUAGUAGUAGGUUCCAAGUGAUGAAAAUGCAGCAGCAUGGUCCUAACUUGUAAACUUCUCUCUCUUGGGGGGCCAUUUACUUAGCUCAAGUGAAGGAAUAGAAUAAAAAAAAAAAA